GCGCGGUCUUUCCCUUCUUGCCGGCCGCUGGCCAGUUGGGCGCAUGCGCGGGGCCGGUGCCUCCUCUUCCUCCGGCGAGGGCCCGCAGCUGAAAUCCGCUACCGAGGGGAGGCCGGCAUCGAUACCGCAAAAUCAACCGAAAUGGGAUUUGUCAAAGUCGUGAAGAACAAGUCUUACUUUAAACGAUACCAAGUGAAGUACAGGAGGCGAAGAGAGGGUAAGACUGACUACUUUGCGAGGAAACGCCUUGUCGUUCAGGAUAAGAACAAAUACAACACCCCCAAAUAUCGGCUGAUCGUGCGCAUCUCCAACCGGGACAUCGUGUGCCAGGUAGCGUUCGCCAGAAUCGAGGGGGAUCAGGUUGUGUGCGCUGCAUACUCCCAUGAGCUCCCCAGGUACGGCGUGAAAGUCGGGCUGACUAACUACGCAGCAGCUUAUUGUACAGGCCUCCUCCUCACUCGCCGGCUGCUGCAGAAAUUUGGCUUGGAUCAACUCUACCACGGAGAGGUGGAGGCGUCCGGCACAGAGUUCAAUGUCGAGAGCAUCUCGGGGAAGCCGGCUGUGUUCACCUGUUACCUGGACGCUGGCCUGACCCGCACCACAACCGGCAACAAGGUGUUUGGAGCCAUGAAGGGAGCAGCUGAUGGUGGCCUGUCUAUCCCUCACAGCACCAAGAGGUUCCCCGGUUACGACUCUGAGAGCAAAGAUUUCACUGCUGACGUCCAUCGCCGGCAUAUCUUUGGCCUGAAUGUGGCUGACUACAUGAGGCAGCUGCUGGAGGAGGAUGAGGACAUGUACAAAAGGCAGUUCUCCCAGUACAUCAAACAUGGCAUUACCCCUGACAUGAUGGAGAACAUGUACAAAACAGCACACCGAGAGAUCCGGGCCAACCCCAUGCAGGAGAAGAAACCCAGCAAGGAGAUGGGGAAACCAAAACGGUGGACCCGGAGAAAGCUGUCCCUAGCUCAGAGGAAGGACCGUGUUGCCCAGCGAAAAGCCAGCUUCCUCCGGGCACAGGCAGCUGCUGGUGAUUGAGGCGCUCCGCACCGUACCGUACCGCACCGCACCGUGGCGUACCAUACCGUACCGUACCGUGCCAUCGAGGGGGAACAUCCAGCCAAGCAAAUAAAGAGGUUUCUAAACCAAA